CUACUUUUGGCUUUACCAAAAUCCCUAGUUCAACUCUACCACACACACAAAAAUGAAAUCCCUAGCUCAAAGACGCAUCCUCGACCUCCUUAUUCCUUCCCCAUCCCAAUCUUGCCCAUCGCAGAUAUUCUUCAUUCAAUCUAAUCGUUCCAUCGCCGAUAAAAGGAACGCGGCUCACUCAUCUUCUAGUAUUGUUGAAGUUCGGAUCAAGGUGUGGAGAAGGAUUGCGAAAGGUUUACUUCCUUCAACCGAAUGGGGCCCUUCGCCGGUAAAGUGGAAUAUCUCCACCGUUUUGAGGAACUGGUGAAUUCCAGAUCGGUCGCGAAGGGAAGGAUUUUGAAACCAGGUAUGCCGACUAGCGUCUCCGCCUCUCCAUAUUUCCAUUUAUCAAGAGAGCAAAAGGAUGGCUAGAUUAUGCUUCAGUAUUGACUCUUUAUUCAUUUCAGUCAGCUCAACCCCUUGUUUUGGGUUCCAUUUUACGUCUGCUGAAAAUCUCCUUGCGUCCAUCGCCUUCAUCUUCUAUUUGGUUUUGGUUCUUGACUCAUAAUCUAGCUACUCGCCUAUGUGAGCUAGGGAUAUAUUAGGGCUCAAGAAAGUGCAACUAGGCGCUUAAUAAAGCUGCGAUUGCUGUAAGCGGAGAAGAAAACAUGUUAUGUGCUUCGAUAGGGGAAGUGCCCCUAGACGGCACUGUGGCAUUCAAAUUAUCGAGUAAGCGGUGAUGAAGUAAGGUUUCUGCUCUGCGAACAUGGAAAAAAACAGUCGAUUGUCUUCUCCCUUACCCAACCGCUAAGUAACUGUCGACAUCUCUCACUUUAUGAGUCUGCGAGUAUGUGUCUUGCUCUCUAUCAUCUCUUAAUUUCAAUCUCAAUCUAUCAGAUUCAUCUUCUUACCUCUUGCUUGACACUAUUAGUUCACUGGUGCUUCUGCAUCUCGUCGGCCUCUGUAUCUCAUGGGCCACUAGGUAAGUCCUCCCCUGUUUCUAUUUUAGACUAUUUGUAGCUCUGUUAUGCUAUUUUUAAUUACAGCUUGUGACCUAGGGAUAGACAGAUUAUUAUCCCAUAACCAAUUGUUGUUACAUGGCCGCAUAAUCAAUUGAAACCCCACCUUAAACCUUGAUGGAAAUUAAUAUUACAACACGUUUAAGGAUUAGGGGUAGAUAGACUAAUUGAAUUGCCCAUUCUACUCAACUAACCUGCAGCAAAUUGAACCCUUUAUCUCCUUGUCCUUUUGUUUUGUUUGCUUUGUAUCUUGUUGGGGGUAUGCAUCCUCACCUCACCUUGGAACAAUCUUCUUUCAGUGUAAACACAUCGGCUUGGGCCUGGACGAGGCAGUUGUUGCUACCAUUCUCUCACAAUGAGACUUGUUGGCUUGUGUUCUCUUCUACCUGUCUAGUACCAUUGAAUUGUAUGCAGGAAAAUUUUCUUAAAAAAAUACUAGCUUUCUUUGAAGUAAUCACUUCUGCACUAAUUAUAUCAUUGUUUGUUGUACACCUAUCUAGAGGACUAGGCAAAUGCAGUUCAGCCUUUUGAUUUAUGAGUUAUGAUCCUUAGUGAAUUGAAAUUGCAUUGAACCUAUAUACUUUAUCCAUUUUGGCUAUGCUCAAUGCUUAGACUUGUUUAUGUUCUAACUCCAGGUAUGAUCAUACAAUAUCUGAGAAUUUUGUGUAUUAUCUGUUGAUGAUGUAUUCUACCAAUAUGUCUAUCCUUAAUGCUUCUUGAAAUCUGACUUCGCUUGGUUUUCAAUAGGUACCAGUUACCAGAACAUCCCACUCUAUUGAGAUAAGAUGGAUUGACAAGGAGACUUGUGCUUGCAGGCUUAUUUCCAAAAAAAAAAAAAAAAUCUUGUCCACACGCGGUUUGUCUCAGUUAGGUCCCGACAAGAGGCUUUUGUUACUAAUCAGCCCUUGGUAUGCAUUUCUUAACUAUAAUUUUACAUACAGUUCAAGUAGAGGAAAUGUUCUGUAAAUUAACACUUCAAUGUAUAUGUUCUUUACAUACAUAAUUUCUAUUCUUUAUAGAGUUGUUGUAUUUUGUUAUUUGGAGAGUGUUGCUGACUUUUUAUUAGCUCUAGUCUUAUUAUGAUCCCUUAUGUAUAAGUAUAUGAAUGAAUGUGAUGUUUUAAUGUUUCUUAGUUUUGUCACAUGUUGGUAGUGUUAUUCAGCUAAUCUAAUUUUUUUAUUUCUCUUUUAUAAUUCAGAAGUGCAAGGCAAGGAGAAUGGCUGAAAGAAGGGUGAAGCAAGAGAAGAGUAGUCCAACUUUGCACGUUUUCAAGUGCAAUGGCAAUUUUAUUUUGAAGAAAGACAUAAACUACUCAAGCUUGUUUUGUUGAAAUAUUUGGUGUUUGUGAUAUGUUUGAUUAGAUAAGUUCCAUGUGACUUUAUAUUUCUUAGUUGUUGAUCAACAUUGACGAGUGAAUGAUAUAUGGUUCUCAGGCUUCUUAACUGUUUCAAGCAAGAAUUCAUCUUGUAACUAUUGCAUGAUUUCUCUCGUGAUAAGUGAUGGAUACCUGUGAUUAGUAAGGACAAACGAUUAUGGGUUCCCCGAUACUAUUUAGACAAAACAAGUUGCUCUAGCUUGGUCGCGCUCAUUACAUUUCGGGACUAUUGGACAAUAUCCUGUGACAAGUAACCCAAUUAGUCACGGGAAAUCCUGUGACUAUUUUAUAAAUUUGUCACGGAAAA